AUGGCUACAUCAUACAAACCCUCACCCCUUUCCUACGGGUCCUCUCGUACAUCUCCUUUUCGCCGCCCAGAGUCUCCGUUACCUGCAUCUCCAUUGAGACAGUCAACACCCACCUCUUCACCAACCAAGACAACAUCAACGACGACGACAACAACCCCCUCAAGGCUGGCUAAUAGCACCACACCAACCGCAGAUGCGGAUAAACUGACACCCAGAGGUACCCCACCUUUCUCUAGAGAAUGGGAGCAGUCACCAACUCGAAGUGCGAGCGUCAGCCCAGGGUUUGGGAGUAUGCUCUCCCGCCCACGAACCCCCGGGGACAAUAAUGCGUUGUCAAAAUUACAGCCCGCUCAGGUCCGGGAAUUGAGAGAGGGGUUUCAGAUUUUGGACAGGGAUAGUGACGGGCAUGUUGGCAGAGAAGAUGUAGCUGAUAUGUUGGCGCAAUUGGGAAUGUCAUCCAACCCAUCAGAUGUAACGCCCUUCUUCCCACCCUCAACCUCACAGACGGUCACUCUUCCCGCAUAUCUAAACUCACUCGCCCCGCUACUUGCGUCUCUUUCCCCACCAUCUGAGUUACUGUCCGCCUUUUCCGCCUUCGAUGAAGACGACAGUGGACAGGUUGACAUGGAAGAACUACGAGAUGCGCUACUGCACACUGCACCUGAUCCCGGUGUGGAAAGCCUGACUGAGCGAGAUGUUGAUAGAGUGAUGAGUGGCUUCACAGGCAAGAGAGCAUUUAAGAAAUUCGUCGGAGGAAAUAUGGGGAAGAGGGGAGAAGUGUUCAAAUAUCAGGAGUUUGUAGCGGGUAUUGCCGGUGGCCCCAGUGCUGAUGAAAGAGAGCGGGGCGGAGACGAAUAG